ACAUGCAACCCCCUCCCCAGGUCGCACAGGGGGCUGCUUGACUUCAGAUAUUUUCGGCUUGAUAACUCUCGUCAUUUCCGCCAGGCUCUCUCUGGAGCGAGCGCGAGAAGGGCGAAGUGGGGGGAGGUGGGGAAGACAGAGAGAGCGCGAGCGCGCGGCAAGCGUGGAGCUCGGGGAGGCAAAGCUGGCGAGGGAACAGCGACUGGAACACAGCGAAAGAAGAGACGCCGAGUGGAGGAGUGCAGCCCGAGGCUGCUUGGAGAAGCCCGCUCUCGAACCUUGCUUGGCGCCCUCCGCGCGGCUCCAAGCAGCGCCGGGGAACGUUCCGAAGAUUCUGGAGCAGCAGCUGGCGCCUCUCGCCCGCAGGUCAGAGGGGGCGGCAGGCAGAAGGCGUCGGAGCGUGCAGCCCUCUUCUCCUGCUCCCCGCUGAGGCAGCAACAUGAACUGAACGCUCAGAGCUACAGACAGGCGCGCACGCACGCACACGGGAGAAGAGCUGGGAGAGGCAGGCGAGGAUUUAAUUUUUUCCUUUUUUUUUUUAAAGGGAGCAUCUCCCUCCACUUGCUGCUUCUUACUGCUCCGCCUCGUGUUUUCCCGGGCUGCCGGGCAGAAGCUGACCUCAAAUCUCACAGCGCAGCUCCCAGGCUACCCGGACUCUGCUUGCCUCACCUUUCGCGGUUCCUGAGAGAGCACUUAGUAAAGUUUCUCCCCAUGGCGCUCAUAAUGGAACCUGUGAGUAAGUGGACCCCCAGCCAAGUGGUGGACUGGAUGAAAGGUCUUGAUGACUGCCUGCAGCAGUAUAUCAAGAAUUUUGAAAGAGAGAAGAUUGGUGGGGACCAACUCUUGCGUAUCACUCACCAAGAACUGGAGGACCUGGGAGUAACUCGAAUUGGUCAUCAAGAACUUAUCUUGGAAGCUGUAGAUUUACUUUGUGCAUUGAAUUAUGGAUUGGAAACAGAAAACCUAAAAACACUUUCACACAAGCUGAAUGCAUCUGCCAAAAACCUUCAGAACUUCAUCACAGGGAGAAGGAGAAGUGGUCACUAUGAUGGUCGGACCAGCAGAAAAUUACCAAACGACUUCCUUACCUCAGUGGUAGAUCUGAUUGGAGCAGCAAAAAGCCUCCUGGCUUGGCUCGACAGAUCACCCUUUGCAGCUGUGACAGACUAUUCUGUAACAAGAAAUAAUGUGAUACAGCUCUGUCUUGAAUUAACAACAAUUGUACAGCAGGACUGCACAGUUUAUGAAACAGAAAACAAAAUUCUUCAUGUGUGUAAGACCCUUUCUGGUGUCUGCGAUCAUAUAAUCUCACUCUCAUCUGAUCCUCUUGUCUCUCAAUCUGCUCACCUGGAAGUGAUCCAGCUAGCAAACAUCAAACCAAGUGAAGGGCUGGGUAUGUACAUUAAAUCAACAUAUGAUGGUCUCCAUGUAAUUACUGGAACAACAGAAAAUUCACCUGCAGACCGGUGUAAGAAAAUCCAUGCUGGAGAUGAAGUGAUUCAAGUUAAUCACCAAACUGUGGUGGGGUGGCAGUUGAAAAAUUUGGUGAAUGCACUCCGAGAGGAUCCGAGUGGUGUUAUCUUAACUUUGAAAAAGCGACCUCAGAGCAUGCUUACCUCAGCACCAGCUUUACUGAAAAAUAUGAGAUGGAAGCCCCUUGCUCUGCAGCCUCUUGUACCUAGAAGUCCUACAAGCAGUGUGGCAACACCAUCCAGUACUAUCAGCACACCUACCAAGAGAGACAGUUCAGCUCUCCAGGACCUGUACAUACCACCUCCUCCAGUAGAGCCAUAUAUUCCCAGGGAUGAGAAGGGGAAUCUUCCAUGUGAUGAUAUCGGAAGACACCUAGUGGGAAAGCCUGUUCAUAAGGGAUCUGAAUCUCCAAAUUCAUUUCUUGACCAAGAAUAUCGAAAACGUUUUAAUGUGGUUGAAGAAGAUGCUGUGUUGUAUUGUUAUGAAUAUGAAAAAGGAAGAACAAGUAGCUCUGGAAGGAGAGAGAGCACUCCAACCUAUGGCAAGCUAAGACCAAUAUCUAUGCCAGUGGAAUAUAAUUGGGUAGGGGAUUAUGAAGAUCCUAGCAAGACAAAAAGAGAUAGUAGGAGAGAAAAUUCAUUACUCCGAUAUAUGAGCAAUGAGAAAAUAGCUCAAGAAGAUUACAUGUUUCAAAGAAAUAGUAAAAAGGACACAGGUAAAAAAUCCAAAAAGAAGGGAGAUAAGAGCAACAGUCCUAGUCAUUACUCUCUGCUACCUAAUUUACAAAUGGAUUCAUUAAGGCAAGACAGCAUGAGCACACCUGGGCCUGAAACCUCUUUGUAUCAUACAUUUCAGCAGUCCUCUCUACAGCACAAGUCUAAAAAGAAGAAUAAAGGUCUUGCACCAAGUAAGAGUAAAAGGCGAAUUUCUUGUAAAGAUCUUGGUCGUGGAGACUGUGAGGGCUGGCUUUGGAAAAAGAAAGACGCCAAGAGUUAUUUCUCACAAAAAUGGAAAAAAUACUGGUUUGUUUUGAAGGAUACUUCUCUGUACUGGUAUAUCAAUGAGGAGGAUGAAAAAGCAGAAGGAUUCAUCAGUCUACCAGAAUUUAAGAUUGACAGAGCUGGUGAAUGUCGUAAGAAAUAUGCAUUCAAGGCCUGCCAUCCUAAGAUCAAAAGCUUUUACUUUGCUGCUGAACAUCUAGAUGACAUGAACAGGUGGUUAAACCGAAUUAAUAUGCUUGCUGCUGGUUAUGCAGAAAGGGAGAGAAUCAAACAAGAACAAGAUUACUGGAGUGAAAGUGAUAAGGAAGAAGUAGAUACACCAUCGACACCCAAGCAAGACAGCCCGCCUCCACCCUAUGACACAUAUCCAAGACCUCCUUCGAUGAGCUGCCCAAGUCCUUUUGUGGAGUCAAAGCAUAGCCGGCUCUCAUCCACUGAAACAUCACAGUCUUCACAUGAAGAAUUCCGCCAGGAGCCAGUAGGGAGCACUACAGAAUCUCCCAUCCGCAAAACAGCUAGUCAGCGACGUUCUUGGCAGGAUUUAAUAGAGACACCACUGACAAGCUCAGGGCUGCACUACCUUCAGACUUUACCCCUUGAGGACUCUGUUUUCUCUGACUCAGCAGUUAUCUCUCCAGAACACAGGCGGCAAUCAACGCUUCCAACUCAAAAGUGCCACCUGCAGGAUCACUAUGGUCCUUUUCCCUUAGUGGAGGGUGAGAGAAUGCAAGUGCUAAAUGGGAAUGGUGGCAAACCCCGCAGUUACACUCUGCCACGGGAUAGUGGGUUCAACCAUUGCUGCCACAUGCUUUCAGUCAGUGCCUCCAGCCAUCAGGAAGAAGUGCCACAAAAAGAGGAAGAGGAGGAAGGGGGAGGAGGAGGAGGAGAAAUAGCACCAGAAAACCAAGCAGAUGAAACUGAAACUGUAGAAGAAAAGCCUGCAGAUUCCUUACAAGAUUUGUACCGGUCCUUGGAACUAGCUAGUUUGUCCCCUUUAGGAGAACGGCAGAUUUCUACCAAGAUGGAAUACAAAAAAUCUUUUAUUAAAAGAUGCAAUGAUCCAGUAAUCAAUGAAAAAUUGCACCAGCUGCGGAUUUUGAAAAGCACUUUAAAAGCAAGAGAAGAAGAAGUAGCCAUCCUAGAUAAAGUUCUGAAUAAUCCAGACUUGACUUCUAAAGACUUUCAAGAUUGGAAACAAAUGUACCUUGACCUCUUCCUGGAUAAUUCUCAGAAUGACCCCACAGAGGACCCUCUAAAUGACUCUGAUGAAAUUGAUGCACUUUUAGACUGUUUAGCACAUACUCAUUCCUACAUUGAAACACAUGUAUGAAAACCCUUUCAAUUUUUUUUUUGCCCAAUUGUGGCACUCCAGCCCUUUAUUCAAGUGCACAGAGUAGCUUUUAUAUCAACUUACAGGAGAUCUAUUUUAAUGUUCAUGAGAUGAGUAAAGUACUAUUUCCAUGGUCAUUGAGCAAACAGAAACUUACAAUUUUUAUGCUGCUGAUGCUCAAUUUAUGUUUAUGUUUACAAACACUGACUACGAUCCAAAGAAGGAAGAUACACUCAUGGGACAGAAUUGCACCCCAUUUGAUGUUGGUGCUGAUGAGACAAACAUCUCUGUAAACCGAACAGAAGCACUAAUUUUGCUCCUUUGGAUCGUGACCACUGUAUUUAACAAAGAAAUAUUGUAAAUGAAUAUAUUUUAGAGGAAUACUCUUAUGUAUCAAAAACAGUUGAUGUAAGAGCAGUGUUUUACUACUGAAGGUCAAUCUGUUUCAUAUUUUAAUAGUCUAUAACUGUUGUAAUGAGUUACAUUUUCAAGGUGCAGCUUUUGUUUUGGCCAGUGUGGCAAUUAGACUUUUAUAUUUGGUGAAAUAUUUUAGGUAUUUUCAUACGUUACAGGAAAAGUAUAAUGCUGUGGCUAGGAUUGUUUUUUACAUAAUAGAGUCAGGGAGGAAGAAAAAAACUGGACUUCCAUAAGCUUCUCUAUAAAUUGAUCAAAUAUUAAUUUUUCCAGUCUUUUAAAGGAUAGUUAACAGACAAUAAGGUCAUACACACAACCAUGAGAAGGGCAGGGAGGGUGGCAGAGGGGUAGGCAGGGAUGAACCUCCCUUCUCCCCAGAUGAUCGACAAUCCCCUCUUCGGCUUGCCAUUGCAUGCCUACAUGAUCCAAACUGCUCCAGGCAGUGUAGAUCACUGGAGGCCCAGAAAACGAGUCACCGUCUCCAGGAAUCCCAAAAUGCACCAUGUGAACAGUGUGGUGCAUUGCAGGAUUCCCCUGUGAGUCGGGUGCUCUAGGCGCCUGAGUCUGUAAGGUCAUACACACAACCAUGAGAGGGGUGGGGAAGUGGCGGUGGGGGGAGGCAGGGAUGAACCCAUCUUCCUCCCAGACGAUCAACGAUCUGCUCUUCAGCACGCACCUACACAAACCAUGCUGCUCCCAGCAGUGCGGAACACUGGAGACAGGGAAAACAAGUCUCAGCCUCCAAGAAUCCCAGAAUGCACUGCAUGAGCAUCACAGUGCAUUGGGGGAUCCCCCUGUGAGUUGGGUGCUCUAGGUGUCUGGCCCUGUGUGGGCUCGGGCUGUGUGCAGCCUGAGCACCCACACGACCUCAAACCUGGGGUAAAGGGCCCACUUACACCCUUUAACCCAGGUGAAAAACUCAGGCUUGUGGGCAAGCAGUGCCAGGAUCACCCCCGAUCCCGGUGUUUCACACAAGCAGCCAAACCCAGGCAGGGCUGCCCAAGCUUAAUACAAUGGGAAAGGGCUCUUUUUGUUUUAGUUUUGGCACAAUUUUUUAAAACUGUACAACUGCGGUAUAAGGUUGCCCCUUUGUUAGGGAAAAUCGCAUAAACAGAAAAUUUGUACUGGUAACCAAAGGGUCCCAUGCAGAAAUAUAAAAUAAAAUCAAAAAUUUAAUUAUGUCCAAUAUGUCAGCUCAAGAAAGGCCAUGCUUUAAGUCUGAAAACUAGGAAGGGGUGGGUUAUCAUCUGUUUCUAAUAUACUAACCGUGAAUUCUAGGGACUUACUCUCAAGAAAGUGUGUACAGGAUUGUACUCUAAAGUUUAUGCAGAGAAAUGGUCAUUAAAAUGAACUGGUUCAACAUGAGACUCUCAAAAGGGAUACGUAUGCAUACACACAAUGCAUUGUUUGUCUAGAUUUUUUUUUCCAGAGUUCCUCAAUUUUUAAAAAAAGUUCUGAGCAUCAGGAAGGCUCAGUGGGACUUUCCUAUAUCUGGAGAUUGACUCAGAUCUAAUUGCAUGCUGAAGUCAAUACAAAUGCAAACAGAGGUUAGCACAAUUGUAAACAGUGGUGCUUCGACACUAACUUUUUUCUUCAGUAUUGUCAGCAUUCAUUCCUGAGAAUCCAGACUGCUUCUCUGAAACCAUUGCUUUCCCAUUUAUUUGCAGCACCAGUGUGUGUGUGUGUGUGUGUGUGUGUGUGUGUGUGUGUGUGUGUGUGUGUGUGUUUCAAAGUGCCAGUUCAUAGCUAUUUUUGAAGCUUCUGGCCCAAUAGUAGCACCAUCCUUUCAGGUGACGUAGUGCUGCUGUCCACCUAGUCUGGAGGUAUGACUUGUGAUGUGAUUGAUGACUGAUCUGUAUCCCUGCUCCUCUUUCCAUCAUCACAGUCAUCCUUUCACCAUUGUCUGUUCUAAAAUGCCAUUGCUCUCCUAUGGAGCUUCCAUCGCUGCAAAUAUAACAAAUCCUGUUACAGUUUCAAGAAACAAAAUGAGGUGAAAUUGAGAAGGGGUUUGUCAGUUCAGCCACAUUAAUGGUAACUCACAUUAAACUUAGAUCCAAACAAUUGUGUGAGCAAGGCCAAUAUAUGUAGUAUGCAGCCUCACUCAAGCACUGGUGUGCACUGCUUUUAAUUUUAAAAAAACUGGCAGGGCUUUCCUCCCUUCACUUUUGCAGCAAGGCCUGCUACUGCUUCAAGGCAACACUUAGAUAAAGCUGACAAGCCCCUGAUCAAUUUUGAUUCAUGUAGCCGUUUCCUUCCAUGGAGCAGCAACAAUAAUACACAAGAGCCCAGGGGCAUUACCAUGCCCCCAAAGGAUCCGGGGCCCAGGCCCAAACCAGUGGUGCACUGCUUAGCUCCUCUGCCACCAUCCUUAUAGCAACAUCAGAAGAAGUGAGGCAGGGGAGAUCUGGGGCACCCCCCAAAACCAUUGGGGGUCCAUGCCUCUGAGCCCCGCAACAACACCACUGCAGGAGCUCCUAUGGAGAAAGGCAGGGCAAGCAAAUGAAGUCCCUCUCCACUACAGCAUCUGAGUAAUAUUUCCCUUCCUGGAGCAUCAGCAAUGGUGGUGGUAAGAUGUCCCUUACAGAGAUUACUGGUCACCUCAGCAGAAAUGUGCAUUUCAUUUAAGGAGAGAGAGAAGGAUGAAGUUUCCCUAAUAUAUCUAGCCGUUCCAACAAAGAUGAUCUAUUUUGCAUAGAGGCAACAUAUUGCACAAUGAGUCCUCAGUCAAGACUUUUCUAGCAUUAGCCAAAAUAAUGAGUUGGGGUUUUUUGUUAUCAGCUGGAGUCGUGAGGUUCACUCCAUACAUUUGUACGGACCAAAGCUGGUCUUCAGCUAUUCCAUUUAAUAGAACCAAUCUUUCAGCAAAUGAACAUAUAAUAUGAAAUCUGUCUGUGCCUGGCUAGUGAGGUAAGAGGCAAAUUCGAAAUGCUUUGCCCUUUAUCAGCAUCUUGACUUUUUGUCAUGAUAGAAAUGUCUGUGUGGCUUCUUAAUGCUUUCUCUGUAUAUGUGAGGAACUGAUAAAAAUCCAAGCAAAGGGGAUAUACGCCUUUUUAAGUGAUUCUUUUUAUGCAGUUGUACUCUCUUAACUAGCUUCCAGCUAUAGCCUGUACAGCUCAGUGAAUGUACUUUUGAACUUUGUCGAGCACUAAUGUUUGCUGCUCUUGGGACUAAGAGAAGGAUCAAAGGAUUGUUUGCUUCUUUUCAGCAGCAUUUUCAAUUGCAAGCGUCUUGCAAACUUUGCACAAUUGUAUAGGAGAGUGGCCUUUUUACAGCUAAUUUUAAGUAAAUCUGUAUUCAAUUGAGCCUGAAUGACAAAUCGCACAUUAAGAUUUGUAAGGAAUUCCAGGUCCAGUGAAAUAUUUAUAGCAUCUACAAGAAUCUGUUGGUAAAAACAAUUUCUUGAUUGCAUGACCUGUUUGUUAUAAUUUGUGAUAUUUUGUAUAUUUCUCACAUAAAAGUGACUGACCUGACUUCAA